GACAGACAAACAAAUAACGGGCGACUAGACCAAGCCCGCCCUUAAGCCGAGAGAGAUGGCUAUUAAACAAGGAUAGAGAGCUCACUUCGAAGCAGGAGAUCGAAAACAAACAUACAGAAGCUUCUGCAGGAUAUCUACAUGAUCAACUCGAAAACCUUCAAGAAGCGAAGCGUCUUGCCGCCAUUAAUGAUUCAUUCUCCCUUAAGCCUCUCUCUUUAGUUUCAUGUCGACCAAUUUAUUGAGUCGACGCCGCAACCAGCUUCAGCAAUGCAUUGGAAUGUUAAGAUUAUUCGAGGGCACUUGGUCCGGAGUUAGUGUCUAGCACUAACAGCUGCGUAGGCGAACAAAUGGCCGAAAAGAUUACCAAGUUCCUGCACUAUGGAGCUUCACCAGCUGAAGUAGAGUCGGUGAACCCGUCAACAGCCCACGACUUUGCUCCGUCACUGGUUCUCCAUGCGCUAGACAACCCUUCCAUCGCACCGCAUCUUCUUUUGCCUCUAGUUUCGAACCCUCGAACUCCCAAGGUUAUGUCGUACGCGUCUCUCGACUUUGAUGAAGUUCGUGAAUCAGUGGCUUUAGCCGAAGAUAAUCAAGAGGAUGAUGGUAAUGUUGAAGAGACAGGGCAGAUUAAUACGGAUGAUUCAGACGAAGGAUCUUGGGAAAAAGAUUGGGGAUUGCUGAAUCGACAUUGCUCUGAAGACGAAUGCUUGAAAUAUGAGGCCGCCGAUGAGAUUCAUCGGGCAAAGAUUGCAAUCACUUCCUUGCGGAAAUGUGCAUCAGAUUUCUCUUGUAUAAUUGAAUCCGGCUCUGAUGCCGAAAGCUGGUGGAUUCAACAGUGCAAAGCCGAGGGAGGCAUUUGGAGCAGUGAAAUUUUCUUUUCAGAUCUAUUGUCUAUGCUUCCAAUUGCAGUUUCCCGUUGCCCUGAUCUAUUAGAACCAGAAAUUCUAGUGAAGGGCCUGCUUACAGCAAAAUGGGGUGGUGUUCUUCUAGCAGCUAUCUUGAUAAAUAAUCCUCUCUUGCAUCAAGAUAGUGUGAUAUUGCUUGCUGAAUUUAUAUCAAAGUCUUUGAGAAAAAUAGAAAUAGACCCUUCCUCUUCUGAUAUGUCCUUUUUCAUAGACAACAGUGUUCAAUGCCAAGUUUCCAAGAAUGCUAGCAAAUAUAAACUAAAUCGUGCAGUUUUUCAUUGCAUACAGCAAGCAUGUUGGGUAUUUGUACUUCUGUGCCAAUCUGUUCCCCAGUUUACCUUUGGUUGUCGAGAAGCUCUUGUUAAAAAAUGUAUCUUUGCAGACAUGGUCAUGCACACAACUCUUGAACUAUUGCAUGAUGAGCUUGACUUUCUUUCAAGAGUAAUCUUCUCUGAUAAACAGACUUCUGAAUGGAUGCUUUUGUUUAUUAGCUUGGGACAAAAGAAACAUAAAUCUUUUCUACCAAGUUUAACUCAAGCAAGUAACAUUUCAAAGGACUUCAAAUUAUAUACUGGUGACAUGGAGGACACUAUUCAACAUUUACGUCGAGUACUUCUUGUGGAUGCAGAAAUUUUAUUUCAUGAGGAUGGCUGGAGAGGGCAGUUGCAUGGGCAUCUAAGGUUAUACUGUGUACUCAUCUGUGCAUGUGACCUGCAGCCCACCCAUGAGGAGGUAAUGUUUUGGCUUCAUGCGUUAGCUGGUAAAACUGUUACUCAAAGUCAAUUAACAAGUUACCAACCCAAGGGAGUUGUUGCUCAACGUACAUUGCAGCUAGGGAUUGCAUUUCUCUGUCUGGUACCUGGCCUUUUAAGCUCAUCAACAAAAACUUUAUAUUAUGGUUGCAUAUUCUUUCUACUAUGGCCUGCUGUUUUUCAAUCAGAGUUGCUGAAGGCAGAAACAGAAGUGGCAAUGUGGUUAGUUGUACAGCUACUACUACGGAACUACCCUGGUAUUGCCAUGUUCGUUAGGAAUGCUAUUGGAAUGGAUGUUUCAGUAAAUAAUUCAUCUUUGGAAGACCUUUGUGAGGCUGCUGUUGCCACUGGAAUAAUCUCUGAGGCAACUUUAGUUCUAAAAGCCACUGCUGCUCUCCGACCUCUUGGUCCAAUCAGUAAUACCAAGAAAAAUGCUGACUUGUUGCUGAGAUGUCUGUACGAACUUAUGAUGUCUGGAAAUUUUAUUCGCUAUUCUGUUGACAUUUCUGAAGUUAUUGUUCACUGCAUUACAUUAUCUGCAGAGCCAGUACACCCUAUGCUGGUUCAACUGAUACAAAUGUUUGCUGAAGCAUCAUCUCCGCAUUAUAAUGGAGAAGUAUCCACUCAGGAAUUCAGAAUGCGGCCUCUUCCUUUUAGUUUCCUUUCUGCAGCCAUUAAGCAUGUGUCUUUUUGUGGUAGAAUUAUGGAGAAACCGAAAAGGAGAAGUCUGAUUGAUACUGAUGAUUUUUUUCCUGAAACCAAAAGUGCACUUUACAAAGUAGAUUCUGAAUUAAUGGUGUGUGCAGCAUUAUCUACAUUUUACAUUCUUUGUAGGGAGCAGGCAUUGCAAAGUGCAGGUAUAUUUGCAGGCUAUGCCCAUGGUGGUUCAACUCAGAUACACUUAGAGGAAAGCGAAUAUAUUCAAUGGUCAAAACUGCUUGCGGAUUUGCCUUUGCACACCUUGCUUAUGUAUAUGGAGUAUCAUUGGCUAGAAUAUGAACAUUUAUUGCCUCAGUGGCUCAGCCUGGCUUCACAUCUAUUUCCAGAGCGUCUCAUUGUUUCAAAGCUUCUUGAACUUUCAGUGGAAUCAGACAAAGAAACUGAUCUUGCCAAUAAAGGCAUUCCGGUAGUUGAAGAUCUGGAAUGGAUUGGAGGAUAUGGAACGUUUCUUUCCUCACUGGACACAAAUCAAGAUAAUAAGAUAUAUUCUAAUGGUUCUAGACCUUAUUUUUCAAUUGAUAUUGUGUGUAGAAUAUUUAGAAAUGCUCUAGAACAGCCUCUGCCUGUACUCCAAAUAUUGAAAGCUAUCCAGGUUGAGGCUGCUGAAAAUGUAUUUAAUGUACAGUCUGUGGUAAUAAAUGAUCUGGUUCCAUUACUACUAAAGGAUUCCUGUGCUAGACCCUUGCAAAAAUGUUUUUGUGAUUGGUGGAAAUCUCUACCACAUGGAGAGUUGGAGCUCCUUGUUCCACUUCUUUUCAAUUCCCUCAAAAUUACUGACAUUGACAAAAAUAACAGAUUGAAGGAGCUCAAAUUAAAAACAUCUAUGGAAAAAUUGGAUCUUUCAAACAAUUAUAUAUCAUAUGCUGAACUUGCACAGGAGCCUCUAGCUUUGCUAGCUUGCAAAAGUAAAGUCUUUCGUACUCCUCUUUUGUCAAUUUUCUUAGACCUUUUAAUGGAGUUGCUAGUAAAAAAUAGAAGACUUCGUCUAGCUGGAGUUUCCCAAAGAGAGAAGAGUGGUGGUUCGAAACAUGAAGAAAUUGUGGGAGCACUUGCAGUGCAAGAAAGUGCUAUGUGUCAAAUCCUUUUAGAGGCUUGCCUUCAGAAUCCAUUACAUGGAGAUGAUAUCCAACCAGGCCCCAUGCUUGAGGCUCGCCAGUUAAUUUGUGCAUUCAUAUCAUCUCUUCUUGAUAUCAGUCCAACCCUGCUCAAGCUGCUUCAUUUGCAGGGUUAUGAUAUACAAUUGAUACCAAUGAUGAUGGAAGGAGUUUUAGCCAUGGUUCAAUGCUUCAAAUUCGUGCAGGAAUUGCUGCAGAGAGCACAACAUUCCCAACAGAUAUUUGUAAUUGCCCUUAUUGCUAAUUUAGUUUGCAGAUAUCCAAAUCAUCAUCAAAGCAUGGAAGCUGCAAAACAGGUUGUGGAACAUGUAAAAUAUCUAUGGAGUAAGGCAAAUAGCACUGGUGCAAUUUUGAAAGAGGUAUUAGAACCUAUGGUAUGGUGUGCUAUUUCGUUUCCAUCAUUGGCGUUAGAAGUUACUGCUUUGUUGCAAAGUUGUAUAAAGCACGCAUGUCCACUUGAGCAACCUGACAGUGUCAGUGACCAUGCACUCCAAGAUGCAGCAGUUGCUGCUUUCAGGCUAUUUGUGCAGAAAAAGGUUCUUCCCGGGAGGGUGUUCUCGUAAGACAUUACUAUUUUCCAAUUCAAUCCAUUUGUAUACUACUUGUAUUGGUCUAUAUUUAUGUAUAUAAAGUCAGUAUGUCAUUUAGACAGACAGACUUGGGAGCUGCAUUCUGAUUGUGUUUUGCAAUUUACCAGAAGAUGCAUAGCAUCGUGUUUCUCUUGCAGUAGUUGCCUAAUUUUCAUUAUCUUUGAGAGUGUAUACUAUUGUGUAAUAUUAUUUUCUGAACUGUUGUAUUCUUGCCUGCAACCAUUUGGGAGAAAAGGAAUCCCAAAUGGAAUACACUGAGAUGGUUAUCUGACAUGAAUUUUGUGAGGUUUUAUUAAAAGGUCUUGGGGAAGGUUUACUGGAAAACAUAUUAUAUAUGAUCUAUUUAUUAGAUUUGUGAACA